ACAGGUAUUGAGUAAGACACAAUGGCUAGAACCAAGCAGACGGCACGUAAAUCCACCGGUGGCAAAGCUCCGAGGAAACAGCUCGCCACUAAGGCGGCGCGUAAGAGCGCGCCUGCUACAGGCGGCGUGAAGAAGCCUCAUCGUUACAGGCCUGGUACUGUAGCUCUGCGAGAAAUUCGUCGCUAUCAGAAAUCUACUGAACUGUUGAUUCGUAAGCUGCCCUUCCAGCGCCUUGUGAGGGAGAUCGCUCAGGAUUUCAAGACCGAUCUUCGCUUCCAAAGUUCAGCUGUAAUGGCUCUGCAGGAAGCGAGCGAGGCGUAUCUGGUUGGUCUGUUUGAGGACACCAAUCUGUGCGCAAUUCAUGCCAAGAGAGUGACCAUCAUGCCCAAGGAUAUCCAGCUGGCCCGCCGUAUCCGUGGAGAGCGCGCUUAAGACUGCUUGACCUAACACAAUUGGAACACCAAAGGCUCUUUUUAGAGCCACUUAAGAAUUUGUCAGAACAGCAAAUCUGUCCAUGUUCUUUUAGCGUGUGCUGAUGUGAGAUGUGUAUAUAUACAUGAUAUGCUGGUAUGUAAGGAUUAAUACUCAUGGGAUUGCUAGUGUGAAGGCUUAUUCUCUCCCCUGCCCUCAGUGAGCAGCCAAAUAGGGGUGACAUAUUAAUGCUUUAUCUGAAGACUUAAGGGAUACAACUUUGCUUAUAUCUGUUCACAGACUGCCAGUGUGUGUCACUGUGAAGUGAAGUUGUUUUGUAAGCACCAAGAUGUGUCCAAUAUUGAAAUGUGUGGAGGAGGGAAUAAUAUAACAUCUAUUAAUAAACUACCACAGAACAAAAUAGAUAUGUAUGAAAUUGGUCUGAAACUUGAUGUAUGUAUAAAAUCAAUCAUGUUUGGUGUGUUUAGAGAAAACGUGUCACGUGAAACAAAACACAUUUUUUU